AAUCCUUCGUGAACAAUGCCAAACACCAAAAAUGUCCAUACUCUAUAACACACCCUCUAUAAAAAUAUAUGCACAAAAAAUUUGCUUACCGUUCUAUACCAUCCUAAACCGAAUUUUCUUCUUCACCAUAUUCCUUCCAUGGCCUCUUCCUUUCGCUGUCUCAUCUUCCUCCUCUUCUCUCUCUGUUUCCUGUUUUUCAUAUCGGAAUCACAAACGACUUUCAAACCAACCAAGCUUGUUUUGACUGUUCAAAAAGACAGAGCUACAAAUCUUCAUGUGGCCAACAUUCAAAAGAGAACUCCUCCUUUGAAACUUCCUUUCGUGAUAGAUCUAAAUGGUCGUUUUUUGUGGGUAAACUGUGAGAACCAAUAUUCAUCAUCAACCUAUAAUGCUCCUCUUUGCCAUUCCACUCAGUGUUCUAAAGCCGAUAGCCAUUACUGCCACAAAUGCCCAACCACAGCUAGACCAGGUUGCCACAACAACACAUGUGGGCUUAUGGCAGUGAACCCAUUCACAAACCAGGCUGCAAUGGGUGAGCUAGCCCAAGACGCUCUUUUACUUCCAUCAACUCAGGGUUUUAACCCUGGUCCAAUGGUUAGAAUCCCUCAAUUUCUCUUCUCUUGUGCACCUUCACGACUUCUCCAAAAAGGGUUCCCAAAGAAUGUUCAAGGUGUUGUUGGACUAGGCCAUGCCCCAAUUUCUUUGCCAGUACAACUUGCUUCCCACUUUGGAUUCCAACAAAAAUUUGCUAUGUGCCUUGCUUCCUCUGGUGGUAAUAAUGGUGUCAUUUUCUUUGGACAAGGACCUUAUUUCAUGCUUCCGGGGAUUGAUGUUUCGCGUCCGGUGAGUUACACUCCAUUAACCAUAAGCCAGCAAGGAGAGUACUACAUAGAUGUGAAAUCAAUAAAGAUCAACAAUAAGAUUGUUCCAUUGAACUCAUCUCUACUAACACCCACCAAAAGAGGCUUAGGAAGAGUCAAAAUUAGCACCACUACCCCUUAUACUAUCCUUGAACACUCGAUUUACUACUCUUUGAGCAAAGUGUUUGUUGAUCAGCUUAAAGGGGUACCCCAAGUGAAGCCUGUAACACCAUUUGGGACCUGUUUUGAUUCCAAAAGGAUCGGAAACACCAAGAUGGGUCCCUCAGUUCCUAAUGUGGACCUUGUUAUGCAAAAUGUUGUGUGGAGGAUUUAUGGUUCAAACUCAAUGGUUCAGGCAAGACCAGAUGUGAUGUGUUUGGGAUUUGUGGAUGGUGGGGUUCGUCCUAGGGAUUCAAUUGUAAUAGGGGCAAUGCAAUUGGAGGACAAUCUGCUGCAGUUUGAUAUAGGUAGUUCAAGGUUAGGGUUUAGUUCCUCGUUGUUGUCUAGGAGGACUAAAUGCUCAAACUUCAACUUCACCUCAAUUCCAUAGAAGAGAUGUAGAAAGAGGUGUUUUGGUUGAUGAAAAAUGUAAUGUUCUAUGUGUAAACUUGCUUGCCUAGUUGCAGCUAAAUAAAUGUGACUAGAGAAAUAAAAAUGGCUCUUUUUCUCUGGUA